AUGCCUUCGAUCGAAUGGAGCCGGGUCAACGAGACCGACCCCAGCCCCUAUGACCAGGUCUUUGUCAUGAGCCAGGGGUUCAUCAAUAACAACUUCAAGCUCAUGUACCCAAGACCUGUGGCGUGGGAACGAAAGGACCGCGAGGCAGUCAAUACGAAUCAGGCGUCGGGCCAGUGGAUUGAACAGGCGAAGGUUGAAGCUCCCUACGUCUCGAUCCAUGUCGAGGAGCGCAACCCAGCCUACCAGAUCCUGUUCACCCUGCCUUUCCAACAAGGGCGCCUCCAUCUGCGCACUUCGCGCCCAGGGGCACCAGACAGUUAUCAUGUUUUUAACAUGAAACGCUGGAAGCUUGUGUUUAAGACCAGAAUUGCUAGCAAGGUGCUUAGUAGGGACGACCCCAAGUAUGCCGUCUACAAGAGCUCGGUCGGCUUCCGUGACACGGUUUUUGAACUGGCCCAGCUGUAUCUUGAUGCCUCGGACGUUGGUGCCGGCAGUGGCUUUGAUGCGAGCAAGAGCGACUUUGACGGUCGAACUCUCGAUGCAGAUACACUGUACAACUUGAAUCUUUUCGCCAGAGAGUGGCUCAAUACCGCUGACGACCGAAAGGUGAACGUCAUUGGCUUGUCGCUGACAAGUCAAAAGACGUCGUCACCUCGGAACUGGGUGGGCACCUUUGCUCCAGCAGUCAUUGACUACGCGCCCUACCCUUGGAUCGACCCUCGCCGCCCUACAGUUGAAACGGAUGGACAGGAUCAGAAUGCAUUGGCCAUAAUGACCUUUACUGACAACAGCCGCCGGGGCUACGCAAGUCUCUCGAGCCGCGGUGUCUUUACAGAUGGCGAUGCGGCGUUUUGCAUGAACCAAGAUCUGUUCUGGAGGCGCUACUUACUACCAGUCCUGCAGGAAGUCAACCAGAAGACCGAAGUUUUCCCGCAAAAGACGCCGCCGCCGCACCAAGCCAGGAUUGCCAAUGUUCAGCCCAAGUAUGUGCUCGGCAAGCAUCCUAACCACGCGCGGGCUACAGACAGCUACUUCUCGUGGAAGCAGCAGACCACAAACGGGCGAACUCAUUGGACCUGGAAAGGAAACAAGCACAAGGUGCAGAGCGUUAGCAAUCAGCACCAACCUCGGUGGCUUUUCUCGCAGGAAGCAACAUCAUCAACAGACUUGUCCUUUGCCGCCGGUGGGAAGGAGAUCCAUCUCAAGGGCACGAUUGCGUAUAAAAUCGUAUACUUCAUCCACCAAAGCGUAACCGAGUGGCAUCUCCCCUUGACCCUUGAAGCCGUCCGCAGUGGCGGCCUUCAGGUACAGACCCAGAGUCCCACUGUAACCUCGAAGACCGUCAAGGUCGGCCCCGCACGCAGCUACAACGAUACCGUGCAGCCGAUUCUCAAUUCCUACAAACAGAGAAUCAAGAAAAUGCUGAGCACGCAGCUUCGCCCCAUCUCCCAGAAGCUCGGAAGCUCGCUUGCAGAACUGCACAAGCUGUUCCUCCCCGGCGAAGGAGUAUUCCGCUUCGGCACGCCGCUGUUCAACAAGCGCGGCGAUGUUCUUGUUGAUCUCCAGUAUUCGAACGUCCACGCGCCAACCGGCCGCUACGUAGUCAACAGGCUGCAAGUACCCAGAGAUCCUUCCGAUGAGACCUCUGACGCGGCCCAAGUCGAAGAGCAAGACCUCGCCGCUCAAUUUGAACACAUUGCUCUCCGCUCAGAGAACUACCCCGAAGAUCGGUCCGGUGAAGAAGACGACCACGAGCAUGAGCACGAUCACGAGCAUGCGCAUGAAUCAGAUACGUUGAUCGACGUCGACCAUCCGGGCGAGCAUCACUAUCACGGCACCGGCGAGGACCAUGACUGGGACCAUGUCCAGCAUACCGAGCGGCCGUGGCAGGAGGGCGAUUCUGAGUUUGAGGACGACGAGCACUCCCCUACUAAGCCGGAUAAGGGACGUACGACUAGUGAUGACUUUGACGACGAGGUUCCCCCUAGUAAGCCGGAUAAGGGACGUACGACUAGUGAUGACUUUGACGACGAGGUUGCCCCUAGUAAGCCGGAUAAGGGACGGACGACUAGCGAUGACUUUGAUGACGAGCAUUCACCUAUUAAGCCCCGGCCCGAUAAGGGACCCGGACGCACAACGAGUGAUGACUUUGAUGAUGACUAUCCCCCGCGCAGGCCGGGUUAUGGAAACACGACGAGUGAUGACUUUGGGGGUCCUCCUCCCUUGGCGUUGGAUGGGUAG